AUGUCUAUCGACGAAAAACCGACCCACCAAAGCUCGGAGUCUAGCAGCGGAGAGCUAGGACGCAGUGAUGAUUCGGAGGCGAAUAGUACAGAUUGUGCUUAUGAUCUGGAUGGCCUCCUAGCGCUAGGAUAUGUUCCUGAGCUCAAACGAAACCGGUCCUUACUCACACUCCUAGCCCAAUGUCUCGCAAUCGCAACGGUACCCUAUGGCGAAGGCGGGCCUCUUCUGAGUGCUAUAUACGGCGGUGGACCACGAGCAAUCUUCAUCGGGUGGCUAGCUGUCAUGGUGCUUGACCAAUGCGUUGCCUUCUCCCUCGGCGAAUUGGCAUCGCGGUACCCAACCUCCGGAGGCCCGUAUUACUGGUCGUUCCAGCUCGCACAGAAGCACAAAAUCGUCCUGUCGUUCAUUAAUGGAUGGAUAUGGUUGAUUGGAACAUGGACGAUAACGCUUUCUGUCAAUUUCGGGUUUGCGGGACUCAUCGGCGCAACCGUGACCAUGUAUCAUCCAGAUUGGUCUGCGAAUAGUUGGCAGCUGUUGCUGAUAUUCUUCCUUAUGUGCAUCCUUGUGUUCGUCAUCUGCGCAUUUGGCAACCGGUAUCUUCCCAAGGUGGAUAUGGUAUGUGCUACAUGCACCAUUAUAACCAUUAUAAUCGUCCUCAUUGCACUAUCAGUCAAGGCUGGAGCAGGUCGUCACAGCAUCAGUUACGCCCUAGCACAUUAUGAUACCUCCUUCUCCGGCUGGGGAGGGUUUACUUUCUUCAUCGGCCUACUCCCGGCAGCAUACACCUUCUCCGCCAUCGGAAUGAUAUCCUCCAUGGCCGAAGAAGUGUCUGAUCCCUCCGUCACAGUCCCCAGGGCAAUGAGCCUCUGCAUCCCCAUAGCCGGCACUACGGGGAUUUUCUUCAUCCUACCAAUCUGCUUCACCCUCCCGCCGCUGGCAGACAUCAUCAGCAAGUCCCCCGGCGGUCAAGCGCUGCCAUAUAUCUUCAGUGUCGUCAUGGACUCACCGCACGGCGGGCUCGUCCUUAUGGUCCUAAUCUUUAUCCUCGUCCUUCUUUGCGAUAUAAGUGUCACUGUCGCCGCGUCCCGCACCACAUGGGCAUUCGCACGAGACGACGCCAUCCCUCUAUCUCACAUAUGGUCCCGGGUUAAUAAGAAAUCAGGCGUCCCUGUCAAUGCCCUGAUUCUGCUAACCUUGGUGCAAAUGCUCCUUGGUCUGAUAAAUAUUGGGAGCACCAGUGCGUUUACUGCAUUUGUAUCAGUGGGGGUCAUUGCAUUGGCGAUCAGCUAUGCAAUCCCUAUCGGUAUCAGUCUGUAUUAUAAGCGCAGUGAAGUGCUCAAGGCAAAAUGGAAUUGUGGACCCGUCCUGGGAGCGGCGGCCAAUGUCAUCGCCCUUGCUUGGAUUGCGUUCGAGUUGGUUCUAUUUAGCAUGCCGACUGCUCUGCCAGUUACUCCGGUUUCGAUGAAUUACUCGUCCGUGGUGUUUGUUGGUUUCUUGGUCCUGUCAGCAGUGUGGUAUUUCCUUUAUGCAAAGACAUCAUACAAGGGUCCACCCGCUUCGGAAGGAAUAUGA